AUGACGUCGACUUGUUUCUCACCCGAACCGAUUCGACCACCGAUCGACCUCACCGAUCAAUCCGACACAGUCAAGGGUACCGACCUGAUACGAGUGUCGAGGUUUUUCAAGGACAGCAAGGAAGGGAAAUUCGUCAGCUACAUACACGAGGACACCAGGACCCUGUACGACGUGUUCCGGAAGGGGGCCAAAGAGUCCAACAACGGCCCUUGUCUCGGUUGGCGCGAUGGACCUACCAAACCGUACCAGUGGCUUCAUUACAACGAAGCUCUGCUCAGAGCGAAGAAUUUCGGCUCUGGUUUGGUGACUUUGGGGCUGACGCCAGGUUCGCACACCAUCGUCGGUCUUUAUAGUCAGAAUUGCCCUGAAUGGAUCCUGACAGAGCAGGCAUGCUACACGUACUCUCUUGUGGUUGUGCCACUUUACGAUACACUGGGACCCGAUGCCUGUGCCUUCAUCAUCAACCAGGCUGAAAUCAAUCUGGUGGUCUGUGAGAAUGAUAAUAAGUGCAAUUUGCUCCUUGACAAGGCACCAAGGUGUCUAAGGAAAAUGGUGGUAAUCAAAGAAACCCGCCAAACGACGAGUCAAAGGGCGAAGAACCGUGGCGUGGAAUUAUUAAAAUUCGAAGACGUCGAGCGUCUCGGUGCCCAAAAGAAUCAUCAGGAAGUGCCACCAAAAGUGAACGACCUCUGCACGAUAUGCUACACAUCCGGUACAACUGGAAAUCCAAAAGGCGUUAUGUUGACACAUCAGAACGUAAUAGCAGCCAUUUCCGCGGUAUUAUUGCAAUUAGGAGAAUAUAGGCCCUCGUACAAGGACACUAUGAUCAGUUUCUUACCUUUGGCACACAUGUUGGAACGAUGCUGUGAAAAUGGCAUGUACAUGGUGGGCGGGUCUGUCGGUUUCUAUAGCGGUGACAUCAAAAGAUUGACCGAAGAUAUGAAAGCCUUGAGGCCUACCGUAAUGCCAGCGGUCCCGAGACUCUUGAAUCGAAUGUACGACAAGAUCCAAACCGAACUUCAAAGUUCCUGUUUCAAGAGGCUGAAAUUCAACAUGGGGAUGCGAGCAAAAGAAGCGCAAAUCAAGAAAGGUAUCAUCAGAAGUAAUAGUGUAUGGGAUAAACUUGUCUUCGCAAAGAUCAAGGAAUCGACAGGAGGAAGAUUGAGACUGAUGAUGGUGGGCUCUGCCCCUUUGGCAGGAAAUGUGCUCACCUUUGCCAGGUGUGCUCUUGGAUGCCUCAUCGUCGAAGGAUAUGGCCAGACAGAGUGCAGUGCACCGAUUACACUUACAAUUCAGGGUGAUCAUGUACCGGAACAUGUGGGACCACCGGUAGCUUGUUGCUGUAUUAAACUGGUAGACGUUCCGGAAAUGGAAUAUUACGUCCGGAAGAGCCAAGGUGAAGUGUGCGUUAAGGGUACUAAUGUGUUCGUGGGGUAUUUCAAGGAUCCUGAAAAAACUGCUGAGGCUAUCGAUGAAUUCGGAUGGCAUCACACAGGAGACAUUGGCAUGUGGUUACCUAAUGGAACGUUAAAAAUAAUCGACCGAAAAAAGCACACGUUUAAAUUAUCGCAAGGAGAAUACAUAGUUCCAGAGAAAAUCGAAGCUAUUUACUUGCGAAGUCAAUAUGUAUAUCAAGUAUUCGUUCACGGAGAAUCUCUAAAGUCUUGCGUCGUAGGAAUAGUAAUUCCGGAUGUUGAUGUUGUAAAAUGUUGGGCAGUGGAGAACGGUAUACCCGGUACGCUAAGUGUGUUAUGCGCUAAUCCACAAGUCAAACAAUUGAUCUUAGAUGAUAUGCUUGCGUGGGGAAAAGAAGCUGGUCUCAAAUCUUUUGAACAGGUGAAAGAUAUUUACUUACAUCCUGAUCCGUUCUCCGUGCAAAAUGGCCUUCUUACGCCAGCGUUGAAAACAAGGCGACCUCAGUUGAAGGAGUACUUCAAACCCCAGAUAGAAGAUCUCUAUCGGCACUUGGACUGACCAGACUGAGCCAUCGACUUCAAAAUCUUGUUUUCGUCAGCAACGAUGACACGAAGAACAGAGAUGCGUUUCCGUCACAUUCACAGGGAUCACUUCCUCCGAAUCAUCGAAUACUCGUAAUCCCGCGACACUUUUAUUAUUCUAUCAUUUUCACAAUUACAUAGCAACGCAAGAUAAAGAAAGCACCGUUUAGGCUAUUAAGGUAAUUGAUAACAUUAUAAUAAAAUGAAUUAUUAUUAG